CACAAUACAAGAAACCAAAAGAAAAGAAACCAAAAUUUGAUUCAGCUCAAUUCAAUUAAAUUAAAUUCAAUUCAACUCAAUUCCACGCCAUGACCGCGAUCGCUCCACCACCACCAACGACCACAACCAAUACCGCCUCCGCCAAAUCAAACCCCUCUCCCCACAAGAGGAUCCACCACGAGACCAUCAUCGACGCCCCCAUCGAGUUAGCCUGGGCGGCCCUGGUCGACGUGGAAGACUGGAGCUGGAACAAGUGGACCCGCCUCGAGCUUCCGGAGGGGGAAGGCCCUCCCUCCCCCGGAAAAACCGGAACCCUCCGGGCCUGCUACGAGGGCGACGACCGGUCCUGGGAGUCCUUUGGCUUUGAGUUUGCCGCCGUCGACGACGGGAGCGGAAGCGGCAAACACAAAGGCAACCGCAGGACCCUGGCCUGGAAGGGGUCGGUCGGGGCUUUCGGGCCCUUUUGCCUCUUUAGGGGCUACCACUCUGUGUCCCUCGAGGAGGCGGCCGACGGGAGCGGCCGGACCCUCCUGGUCCACAAGGAGGACUUUGGGGGGCUGCUGCCGGCCCUGCGGAUGGGCCUGCCCUACAAGACGCUGGACCGGAACUACCGGCUCAUGAACGAGUCGCUCCGGGACUUUGUCGAGGCGAGGCACCGGGAGACGGCGCGCGCGACCUAGCAAACGAGCGGCGGCGGCGACUCGUAGCGGAGCGGAGGGCUGCGAGUACUACCACUACUGGUAGCAGGUUGGGUCGUUUUGGUCGUACCAGGACAGCUACAAUAAUACAAUUGGUGUUUCGAAUAAUUCUAGAAAUAUAAUCAGAAGUACAAG